GGAAGUUGCACGCAGUGCAUUUCCGCUCAUAAUAGCAUGGCUACUUUCAACAGAAAGAAGGUCUUGAGGGUCCUAACCCGCUUCGGGGCGUUUAUCCUCACGCGUUUUGGAUUUUGGAAUUGCUUCAGUAUGCUCAUGUUGUUUGCUGAACGAGCGGAUAUUAAGCGGAAGCCUGAUAUUCAGGUGCCCUAUUUGUAUCUGGACAUGGGAGCUGCUGUGCUUUGUGCCAGCUUUAUGUCCUUUGGAGUGAAGAGGAGAUGGUUUGCACUGGGUGCUGCCCUCCAGCUGGCUAUCAGCACGUACGUGUCCUAUGCGGGAGGGCAGGUGCACUACAGCGACUGGCUGAAGGUGCGGAUGUACUCCCGGGCCUUUGCCAUCAUUGGGGGGUUUCUGGUCCUGGCCAGCGGUGCUGGGGAGGUGUACCGACAGAAACCCCGCACCAGGUCCCUACAGUCCACUGGGCAGGUUUUCCUGGGCAUCUACUUGAUUUGCAUGGCAUAUUCACUGCAGCACAGCCCAGAGGACAGACGGGCCUAUCUGAACCACAUUCCUGGGGGCGAGCUCACCCUGCAGUUGCUGUUCGUGCUGUACGGCGUCUUGGCGCUGUCCUUCCUCUCUGGCUGCUACGUAUGCCUUGCUGCGCAGAUCCUGGCCACCCUGCUGCCUCUGGUGGUCCUCUUCAUUGAUGGCAACGUGGGCUAUUGGCACCACAACCAGCGUGUGGAGUUCUGGAACCAGAUGAAGCUGAUCGGGCAGAACGUGGGGGUCUUUGGAGCAGCGCUCAUCCUAGCCACCGACGGCUAAGUGCCCCCAAGCGACUCCCCACCCAAAAAUUUGCCUGGGACAACAGUCUGUUUGGAGGGGAAGUGUCACAUGGGUUUCUCAGGGGUUGACUGUAUCUCCUGUCCUUGUGGCUGGAUGGGUACUCCUGCAUGUCCAGCAUGAUGGGUAUGAGAGUGGGUACAGGGUCAUGUGAUCGGGGCUCACAUCACUGCAGGCCUUUCACUAAUAUCUUUCUGUCCAACCGCUCUCCUGCAACAGCAGAAAAUAUCCCUCGAUGUUCUCAUUAUUUUAUAAAAACUUAUUUGUGUGUUUUGGUUCAAAUCAUACUAUCAUUUUAAUUUCUUAAAUUUUGACUUUAUUAGCAAAAUGUACUUUUUGGUUUUACGAGAUACUGGUUUCACCACAUUAAGGUGCUCAUAAUAGACGUACUUGUUUACUACGUGGUUUAAAUGUUAUAUCUGCAGGUGAAAUGCCUUAAUUUUCUUUGGAGUUUCUUUUAAAUUAAUUUGCAUUUCUUGUUGCCUUCUACAGCGUUUUUAACCAUUGUACCUCAGUCCAUACGUAGCUGUAAUUGUUGAGCCUGUUCCACUUAAUUUAUUUUAUGGAUUGAAUAAUGAUUUUUAGUAGGAAAUAUUUUGGUGUCUUUAAUCAUCACUAAUUCAAAGAGGAUUUCUCUUUUUCUCCUUUAUAUUUACCUUUAUCUGUUGUUUUCACACUUUCUUGACUAUGAACAGUGUCCUAUGGACAGUGAAGACGGCGGGAAUGAACUAGAUAGAGCCGUAAAGUUUGAACAUUAUGGCCGGAUCUUUAAAUUUGUUGGAGUGCAGGAGUAACCAAAGAGCCGCUCAGUUUGAGAUGUAUAGUUUAGGUGUUGAAACAUGCUUGACAAUGUGUUUGACAGUCCUGGGUCAUCGCUGAUGCAGCUGGGUAAUAAUGCUCAGAAACACAAUGCUGAUGUAUUAAUUCAACUGCAAGAAAAACCUUAAUGUUGGAUAAAUCUGGUUCCAGAUCAGAAUGCUCAAAGCAAAAAAAAAAAAAGAUUCUUUUCUAUGACAGUUUUGGUGUUGUCUCUCUCUCUAGCCCUCUCUCUCCCCUCUCAUGGUGUAAUUUAUUGGGAGACUGAAAUAUUCCCAAUUUUGCUGGAUUACAGUUUUUCUGUUAAGGAUCAAUAACCCUAGUCAGUCAGUCUCUUAGUGGCAGAGUGACUCGUUUACAAUAUUGAAUGGCAUUCCUCUCACAAGAGAAAAUGAAUACUGCAGGCAAAGGGGCCGUGCUGCAGACUGUUUGCCAUUUGUUAGUUUUCUCAUCAAAGACGCUAUAAAGAGAGUAGCUGAAAUGUACGUUAAGAUCCAUUCAAGCUGCUGUAAAGAAGCACAGCUAUUUAAAUAUACUUGCUGACAAAUUUCCUUGCUUAUUUACAAAAUGUCAGAAAUUGUAACAAAUUAUUAUUAUUUUUCUUACCAGCUGUGCUUUUGUCAUUUAAAUAAGCAGUAUGGAUACAUUAGGAUACACAGUAUUCACUGAAAACGGUUGUUUGAAAAUAGAAGUACUGUUUGAAAUUGUUCACGUCAAUCAAAUACUUGUAUGUUACUGAAAAGUAAAGUCGACGGUUUUACAAAGGGAUCUUAUCUUGACCUUUCAAAGGAUUUGUUUCCAAUAAUAAAAUUAUAUUGGCAAAUGCAA